UGUCAGAUCCUAUGUUGAGAUAUAUUGCUACUUCAAUGUAGCAUGUUGUAUAUAUGGCCAUGAAUGUGUUGUGUCGAGUGUUCACUUCGUCAAGAGUCUUAUCAUCAAACGUUACGUUCUCGUUUUCUCAAAUUCCAAACAAUACCAAGAAACCUCUACUUGAAAAGAGAAGAUUAUCGCCGCGUGUGUGCCUAAGAGCGAUGGCGUCUGAGAAACAAAAACAACAUGCACAACCUGGCAAAGAACAUGUCAUGGAAUCAAGCCCACAAUUCUCUAGCUCAGAUUACCAACCUUCCAACAAGCUUCGUGGUAAGGUGGCGUUGAUAACUGGUGGAGACUCUGGGAUUGGUCGAGCCGUGGGAUACUGUUUUGCAUCCGAAGGAGCUACUGUGGCUUUCACUUACGUGAAGGGUCAAGAAGAAAAAGAUGCACAAGAGACCCUACAAAUGUUGAAGGAGGUCAAAACCUCGGACUCCAAGGAACCUAUCGCCAUUCCAACGGAUUUAGGAUUUGACGAAAACUGCAAAAGGGUCGUUGAUGAGGUCGUUAAUGCUUUUGGCCGCAUCGAUGUUUUGAUCAAUAACGCAGCAGAGCAGUACGAGAGCAGCACAAUCGAAGAGAUUGAUGAGCCUAGGCUUGAGCGAGUCUUCCGUACAAACAUCUUUUCUUACUUCUUUCUCACAAGGCAUGCGUUGAAGCAUAUGAAGGAAGGAAGCAGCAUUAUCAACACCACUUCGGUGAAUGCCUACAAGGGAAACGCUUCACUUCUCGACUACACCGCUACAAAAGGAGCGAUUGUGGCGUUUACUCGAGGACUUGCACUUCAGCUAGCUGAGAAAGGAAUCCGUGUCAAUGGUGUGGCUCCUGGUCCAAUAUGGACACCCCUUAUCCCAGCAUCAUUCAAUGAGGAGAAGAUUAAGAAUUUUGGGUCUGAGGUUCCGAUGAAAAGAGCGGGUCAGCCAAUUGAAGUGGCACCAUCCUAUGUUUUCUUGGCGUGUAACCACUGCUCUUCUUACUUCACUGGUCAAGUUCUUCACCCUAAUGGAGGAGCUGUGGUAAAUGCGUAAGCGUGGAGUGGACAAGACCGGUCUUAACGUCUUAGACCAUUAAAUAUGAUAUGAUGAUGUUGUUUGAGUUUAGGGGCUUUUUGUUAUGUUGGUAAUGUGUUACGUCCGUAUAUGUUGGUAAUGUGUUGCGUCCGUACCUUCUGUAGCAAAAGUAUGUGUUUAAUAAAGACUUUACCUCGACAAUAGUCGGGGCCUGUUCCCUUAAAACUAAUAUAGAAGUUUUGUGCAUA